UGCGGGCGCCCUGAGCCGGGCAGCAGGACCCCCCCCUCCCCCCCAAAUGACUGACCUGGCGUCUCCCACGGGCGAGAACCCCUUCGCCUUCCCCGGGGGCGAGGAGGGCCUGGGGGACGAGAAGGCGCUGGUGAUCCACAGCCAGGGGGAGGAGGAGGAGGAGAAGGAGUUCAAGUGCAUCCUCUGCGGGGAACGCUUCGGCCACCAGCCCGGGCUGGCCCGUCACCAGAAGCACCACGCCGGCGAGCGCGCCUUCAUCUGCGCCGAGUGCGGCAAAGCCUUCAGCCUCAAGCACAACCUCAUCAUCCACCAGCGCAUCCACACCGGGGAGCGCCCCUACCAGUGCGGCGUCUGCCAGAAGAGCUUCAGCCUCAAGCAGAACCUCCUCACCCACCAGCGCAUCCACAGCGGCGAGAAGCCCUUCUCCUGCCAGCGCUGUGGGAAGCGCUUCCGAGAGCAGCGCUUCCUCCUCAACCACCAACGCACCCACCCCGAGGAGGACCCCACCGGCCCCGCCGCCCCACAGGAGGUCCGAGCCGGGGGGAGCCGUUCCCCGCAGCCCCACGAGGCCGCCGGUGGUCCCUUGGCCUGUCGGAGCGGCCCGGCCACCCCCCAGCGGAGCGGCGGCCCCGGGGGCGAGCGACCCUUCUCCUGCCCCGACUGCGGCAAGACCUUCGGCCAAAAGGGCUCCCUGAGGAGCCACCGCCGCACCCACGCCGGCCACAGCCCCCCCGCCGCUUGCCCACAGUGUGGCCAGAGCUUCGCCCAGAAGGGCAACCUCGCCGCCCACCAGUGCUCCCACGGGGACGAAGCCACCCUCACCUGAGACCCGGCCACGUCCCGCCGUCCCACCCCUCCAAUGCCUCGGCACCCCCUGCCUGUGCCGUCCCCCUCACCCCCCAUCCCGCUUUUGGGGUCCCCCCCCAGGCCGCUUCCCA